UGAAAAAAGAGAAAACAUUUCUCAUAUCAUCAUCAUCAUCGUUGUCGUUACAAGUUCAUCCAUUAAGUCACCACCGGUGAGGAGAAGAGAAGAAAAGAGAAUUCAAGAAAAUUAUGUCCAUAUUAAACCACCACUCCGCCACCACGCUCUUCUCCCACCUUUCAAUAACACCCACCUCAUCUAAAACCCCCCAAAACCACUCCCACCCAUCUUUCUUCUUUUUCCAAAUCAAAUCCCCACCACCACCCCUUCACUCCUUCACUCUCCACUGUCACAACCCACAACAACAAUUACAACUUUUUGAAGAAGAUGACGAUGAAGAAGAGCAAGUUCUUGGAGACUGUUUAGUUUUCGAAGAAGGCAUUUUCCAAGAAGACCACCACCACCAUCACCACCCUCCUAUCCAACAACAUUUUCAAAAUAAAGUUGUCAAAUCUGAGGAUUUAAUACCUCCAAAAUGGAAAGAUGUUCAGGCGGAAAUCAAUAUCACCAAAAAAGAAAGAAGAAAAAUGGCCCAGGAAAUGGAAUUUGGGAGUAAGUUACAGAAGAAAAAACAAGGUUUGAAACCAAUCCCAAUUGGUUACUCGAGUCAUAAAGAAUAUAAAGCUGCUAAAUUGAGGGAAUUAAACCCUGUUGUGUUGGAUAAUCCGGAUACCCUUUUGGUGGAAAGUGAUAAUAAUGAUAAUGAGGAUGAAAGCGAAAUCGAAAAUGAGGGUGGUGUUAGUAGUAGUAGUAGUAGAGUGGUACCUAGGAACCCGAAAAUGGCGGUGUAUGGAAGGAGUUUGGAUGAUAUUUCGAGGUUUUUGAACUCGGGUUUGUAUGACCCUGAGGCUGCUAAAGAUCCCCAAGGUGCACGUAAGUUAUUUACAAAGGAUGAGAAGGUCCUUAUGAAUAGGCGGGUUCCUGAUUUGGAAGCUGUCACCUCACGGAAAUGGCAACCUUUACAUACUCUUGCAGCAUCCGGAGAAUUUUACCUAGUUGACAAUUUGAUGAAAUUCAGUGGAGAUAUCAACGUUCCUAACCAUGAGGGGCUUACAGCAAUUCAUAAAGCAAUACUUGGCAAAAAGCAAGCCAUCUGUAAUUAUCUACUUAGAAAUUCAGCCAACCCAUUUGUUCGUGACAAAGAAGGCGCUACUCUCAUGCAUUAUGCAGUACGCACGGCGUCAACUCAAAUGAUAAAAGUCCUUUUACUAUAUAACGUGGAUAUUAACCUCCAGGACAAUGAUGGGUGGACCCCACUGCAUCUAGCUGUUCAAGCCCGUAGAACUGAUUUGGUGAGGCUACUGUUGAUCAAGAAAGCCGAUAAGACCCUAAAAAACCAAGAUGGAUUGAGCCCGUUGGAUCUUUGCCUUUAUAGUGGAAGAGAUACACGAACUUAUGAGUUGAUCAGGCUGCUGAAACUGCCACCGAAACCACGUAAAUAUGCUCAGCUUAUGGAAUAGCAGCUUACUCAUGGUUCAUCGCCAACGCCAUCCCAUCAAGACAAAUUUCAAUUGGUCGACAAAUAGCCAGACCCUAGCGACUUGGAAUCAGAUUAAUAGAAGGCUAAUUUGCUGUUCUCUGAGACCAUGCAUGACACAGGUAAUCUAAAUAUGUGUACAAAUGUGAAUGGAUCAACUUCUGUUUGCAGCACAGCCAUAUCAAUAGCAUGUUUUGUAUGUAGCAAUUAGCUGGUGUUUGUAAAACUUUGAUGUUUAUAUUGAAUCCCUUUCUUUAAUA